AACGAACACACAUGUUCUUACCUACAAUUUAGAUUAUUUCUGCAGAAAUUAUUUAUUUAUAAACUGUCGUCGUUGUGCUUUAUAUUUACCGGAUCUGAUUCUCCGUUUAAAUUGUGAUUGUAUGCAGGUCUGUUGAAUUUGUAGCGGUCGAUUUACGAUUAGAUCAAGAUGGUUGUUGUGGCAGCUUCGAUCAUCAGUAAAUCUGGAAAAGCCCUUGUUUCGAGGCAUUUUGUUGAUAUGUCUCGCAUUAGAAUUGAGGGGCUCCUGGCAGCUUUCCCCAAGCUUGUUGGAACUGGAAAGCAGCAUACUUACAUUGAGACGGAAAAUGUGCGCUAUGUUUACCAGCCGAUUGAGUCUCUUUUCUUGCUGGUCGUGACAAACAAACAAAGCAAUAUUCUCGAAGAUCUUGAGACGCUCAGGCUUUUGUCCAAACUUGUACCUGAAUAUGCUUACUCUCUAGAUGAAGAAGGCAUUGGCAAGACGGCUUUCGAGUCAAUUUUUGCUUUCGAUGAAGCCAUCUCAAUGGGACACAAGGAAAAUGUCACUGUUACGCAAGUCAAACAGUACUGUGAGAUGGAGAGUCAUGAAGAGAAGCUGCACAAGUUGGUUUUGCAGAGCAAGAUUAAUGAAACUAAGGAUGUCAUGAAGCGCAAAGCUAGUGAAAUUGACAAAAGCAAGAUUGAGAAGAACAGAGGCGAGAAAGGAGGGUUUAUGUCUUUACAAUCAAUGGGUUCUGGAAGCUUUGGUAGUGAUCUAAAUAUAUCUAGCAGUGGUAGUGGUUUUGGAAGUGGUGCUGGAUUUGGAUUGACCACUGAUGUCGAAACCUUUUCCAGCAAAUCUAAAGCGGGCCGUCCUCCUUCCUCUGCAACUGCUCCACCAAAGGGUCUUGGAAUGAAGCUGGGUAAAUCACAAAGGGCCAACCAGUUCCUGGAGUCUCUUAAAGCUGAAGGUGAAGUUAUUUUGGAAGAUGUUCGGCCAAGUGCUGGACCUGCUAAAGCUGCUGUGGUACCUCUAACCGAUCCAGUUACAUUGAUCGUGGAAGAGAAACUAAACGUGACACUUAAAAGAGAUGGUGGAGUUAGCAACUUUGAUGUUCAGGGAACCUUGUCUCUCCAAAUUCUCAACCAGGAUGAUGGGCUUAUCCAAGUACAGAUAGAGGCUGCUGGUAAUCAAGGAGUUGUUUUUAAAACACAUCCUAACAUCAACAAGGAGUUAUUCAACAAUGAGAAUGUUCUAGGACUCAAAGAUCCUCAGAGGCCAUUUCCCACUGGUCAACCUGGUGAUGGUGUUAGUCUUCUGAAGUGGAGAAUGCAAACUGUCGAUGAAGCAGUUGUGCCAUUGACAAUUAACUGUUGGCCAUCUGUUUCUGGGAAUGAAACAUAUGUCAGCAUAGAGUAUGAAGCCACUUCAACAUUUGAUUUACAAAAUGUCGUGGUCUCCGUGCCUCUUCCUGCUCUUAGAGAAGCACCAAAUGUGAGGCAGAUUGAUGGAGAGUGGAGGUAUGACUCCAGAAAUUCUAUUCUGGAGUGGUCUAUACUUCUUAUUGAUAAUUCCAACCGCAGUGGAUCAAUUGAAUUUGUUGUACCUCCAGCAGAUUCUUCAGCCUUUUUCCCAAUUUCUGUACGCUUUACAGCUGCUAAUACUUUCAGUGACUUGAAGGUCCUCAAUACAAUACCAUUGAAAGGCGGAGCUCCUCCCAAGUUCUCUCAGAGAACACAGCUAUCCACAGAAAAUUACCAAGUUGUAUGAAAUUAGUUUGUUUUUGCCAACACUACUUACAAGUCUUUUCCGUAAUCAAUUUUCAAGAUAAACUAUUAUUGCUUUAUUACCGCUUGGAAUAUCCAUUAGCAUGAAGCUUGUGUGUUCCUUUUGUUGAGUAGAUUUGAACAAGAAGUUACUGAAGUUCUGUGAUGUUCACUCAGUUGAUUUCAUCUAUAAUAGACCAGUACUUAUACAUUUCUAA